UAUCCUAGGUUAUACUAUGUAUUUUUGCAGGUGAUGAUUGAUUUUCAAGCAGCUGAAAAGAAGAGACUAGAAGAACCAGCUUCUGAAAUUGGUCUGGAACCUUUAUGUGCUAUGAUUAACAACAAUUUGCGCUGCUAUGACCUUGCAAUGGAGCUAAGUAAUAGCACCAUAGAAGCCCUUCCACAGAACUACGCUGAGCAGGUUAAUUUUGAAGAUACCUGUAAGGGAUUUCUUGAGGUAGCUAAGGAAGCUGUGCAUCAAACUGUCAGUGUGAUAUUUGAAGAUCCUGGUGUCCAGGAGUUACUGUUGAAGCUAUAUCAGAAAGAAUGGAGUGAGGGGCAGGUUACUGAGUACUUGAUUGCAACAUUUGGUGACUAUUUUGGUGAUGUAAAAAUGUGA